AUGGCCGCCGGUGGAGGAUGCGGGGAAUCGGUGGAUCAGUACCGGGCCGAGGUGGAACGGCUCACGCUGGAGCUGGCCGAGGCGAACCGGGAGAAGAUCAGGGCUGCAGAGUGCGGUCUGGUCGUCCUGGAGGAGAACCAGGCGCUGAAGCAGAAGUAUGCAGAGCUGGAGACCGAGCAAGAGACUCUCAGGAAGGAGUUGGAGCAAUUACAGGAGGCAUUUGGCCAGGCCUACACCAACCAACGUAAGGUGGCAGAGGAUGGGGAGACCAACGAGGAGACGCUGCUGCAGGAAUCGGCCUCCAAGGAGGCCUACUACACAGCCCGUCUGCUGGAGCUGCAGACAGAGUUGACGCUAAGCCGUUCAGUGGCAUCCAACGCCCAGGCAGAAAAUGAGAGGCUGAAUGCGCUGGUGCAGGAUCUACGAGAGAGUAACGACACACUGGAGCUACAGAGGAGCAGGAUGAGGGAGGAGAUCAAGGAGUACAAGUUCAGAGAGACCAGGCUUCUUCAGGAUUACACGGAGCUGGAGGAGGAGAACAUCACGCUGCAGAAACUGGUCUCUACGCUCAAGCAGAGCCAGGUGGAGUAUGAGGGACUAAAACAUGAAAUUAAGGUGCUGGAGGAGGAGACCGUCCUUCUCAACAGCCAACUUGAAGACGCUUUACGUCUAAAGGAAAUCUCCGAGGGUCAGUUAGAGGAAGCCCUGGAUGCCCUGAAGAGUGAGCGUGAGCAGAAGAACAACCUGAGAAAGGAACUGGCCCACCACAUCAGCCUGAGUGACAGCGUCUAUGGAGCAGGGGCCCAUCUGGCGCUCACCGUCACUGGUGUUGAGGGCCUCAAGUUUCCAGAGGAGACAAACGGAACCAACGGCACCAACGGCAGCGCCAUCCCUGCUGCUAAUGGCAAUAAUGAGGACAGCAACCGGCGCAACGGUCACCUCCACACAGGCACAGGGCUGGCUAAGAUGAAUGGGGAGUACCGCCCAGGCCGGAAAGGAGAAGCCCUGCACCCUGUGCCGGAUCUGUUCAGUGAGCUCAACCUGUCAGAGAUGCAGAAGCUCAAACAGCAGCUGCUACAGGUGGAGCGUGAGAAGGCGGCGCUGCUCAUGAACCUGCAGGAGUCACAGACCCAGCUGCAGCACACACAGGGCGCUCUGACCGAACAGAAUGAGCGGGUCCAUCGCCUCACAGAACGAAUCAGUGCCAUGAAGCAUGUCAACGGAGACAAAGAGCUUGAUGACCCACAAGAGAGUGAGAAGCCUGAUGUAUCACCUCCAGCCAAUGGUCACCAUGAUCCCAACAUCCAUGGGUUUGAAAUCUUGGAGUGUAAGUACAAGGUGGCAGUGACAGAGGUGAUCGACCUGAAAGCAGAGCUCAAAGUCCUGAAGGAGAAGUAUAACCAGGCUGUUGAGGGGCAGGGAGACAGCCACAAUGACGACAGGGUCCAGACACUGAGCGAACAGGUUUCACAACUGGAGCGCAGUUCUCGUGAUGGCCGGGAGAGGGUGGCAAGCCUGGAGGCUGAGCUCCGAGCAGUCACGAGCACAGCCACAGAGAGUCAGGGCAUGUUGAAUGCAGCACAGGACGAGCUGGUAACCUUCAGUGAAGAACUGGCGCAGCUCUACCACCAUGUCUGUCUGUGCAACAACGAGACACCCAAUCGUGUCAUGCUGGACUACUACCGCCAGAGCCGCGUCACACGCAGCGGCAGCCUGAAAGGUUCGGACGAUCCACGGGCUUUGCUCUCACCUCGCCUGGCACGGCGCCUCGCUGCAGCAUCUGCAGCUUGCUCCUCUGAGUCCCCACGCAGCCCCAUGGACUCCCCAUCCAAAGACACCCAUCACAAUGAGACAACAACCAACACAGCGGAUUCGUCAUCCUGCCAUAGCAGCCCCACUCGCAACCCCACAGGUUCCCCAGUCAUCAGCAUCUCUCCUUGCCCAUCUCCAUUGCCCUCAGAGGCAGGUGGGGACCUGAGGAAGGAGCCCAUGAAUAUCUACAACCUGAACGCCAUCAUCAGAGACCAGAUCAAACACCUCCAGAAGGCCGUUGAUCGCUCACUGCAGCUGUCCAGGCAGAGGGCUGCAGCCAGGGAGCUGGCGCCUAUGCUUGACAAGGACAAGGAGUCGUGCAUGGAGGAGAUACUGAAGCUCAAGUCCCUGCUCAGUACCAAGAGAGAGCAGAUAGCUACGCUCAGGCUGGUGCUCAAGGCCAAUAAACAGACAGCAGAGGUUGCGCUGGCUAAUUUAAAGAGCAAGUACGAGAAUGAAAAGGCGAUGGUGACCGAGACCAUGAUGAAGCUGAGGAACGAGCUGAAGGCUCUGAAAGAGGAUGCUGCCACCUUCUCGUCUCUCAGGGCCAUGUUUGCCACAAGGUGUGAUGAGUAUGUUACCCAGCUGGAUGAGAUGCAGAGGCAGCUGGCAGCAGCAGAGGAUGAGAAAAAGACGCUGAACUCCCUCUUGCGUAUGGCUAUCCAGCAGAAACUGGCCUUGACCCAACGCCUGGAGGAUCUGGAGUUUGACCAUGAGCAGACCCACCGUGGCCGUGGCGCUAAAGUGCCCAAGAUAAAAAGCAGCCCGCCCAAAGUAAGUCGCAGAGGUGCCUUCACGGCUCCACCUAGCCCUACCAGGCUCCUCAGCCACUCCAUCCUCACCACCCCCACCCUGAACACCUCCCUGACCCUUGGUAGUCCUCCCUCUGUAGAGAUAACCACCUGUCCGUCCAUGUCUGUGUGGAUUUCAGACACUCUUUCUGAAACAAUCCAGAACUCAGCUUCAACUUUACCUGACUUGAGUUACUCCAGUUUGUCUCUGGACAGCCAGCCCAUCACGAUAGACCCUGAGCAGCUAACAUUAGAGUUCAAACGGCUCAUUUAUUCAAGACAAGACAUAGGUCAGCUGUCCCCAUCGUACAAGCCCAGCACCUAUAGCCCUGCCUCAGUGUCUCCUCACCUGCGGCGAAGGCGAUGA